CUUAACAUUGCCAACAAGAAAGUUUCAUUUUCUUUGCUAUAUUAUAAAACGUGAUUAUUAGAUAGAAAAACAGCAUAGUUUGAUAUCAUAUAUCCUUGAAAGGGAACCUGUGUAUUAAGUUGAAAGAAGCUAUAUAUUCAUUUAGAAAUACCGAGAGUGUGGAGUCUGAAAACUAGGUCAAGUUAACCUUGAGUUAGUACAAUAGGAUGGACAGGGAUGAUAAACGACGAUACUUUAUAGUAGGGUCUGUUAUAAUGGAGGUUGUAACACCACUGUUUAGGACCAGACUUGAAAGAGACUACACCAGUAAAGGACUAACAUCUCUACAGGCUUUCCUCAACACACAGCCAGUAAUACACAUUCUGUUUCAUCUACAUCAUAAAAUUUCAAAGUGCUGUGUCGGUGGACAAAACUGUAACAGGUAUAAGCAACCAUCCUUACCACUGAUUAACUUUCAAUGGAAACAGUUAUACUCAGAGAAACCUGGCAAUGCCAAUCAUAGUUGCCACUGCAAGUUCACAGCCAAUCCUGUUCAACUAGAAGAUCUUGAUAUCACCUUAUCCAGCCUGAUUUUGUUGAACUGCAAUAAUCUGACACCAGCUGAUAAUGAUGCAGUAAAAUGCUUACGACAAUACAAGAAUGACAACCUGAGUCAUAACACCACAAGCAGAAUAUCACAGACAAAAUACAACAGCUUAUGGACAGAUCUGACAAACUUUGUCCUACAACUAGAUCCUAGUAAACAAGAUGACUUGAUGAGGAUCGAGAGGAGACCAUUGGAUGAGGUUUUGUGUAACAGCUACACCCUUAAUCUACUGGACUUUCAUGAAAAGCUUGAUGAGAUUGAUACUUCAAUUCAAGGUGUAAGAUCUGAUAUACAAGGAAACAAUGCUAACAUGCAGGAGAUACUUCUUUACAUCAGAAAAGAUAGGUGCUCUUGUCUGUGUGAAAAAUCUGAACAACAGAACAAAGAACCAAGAUACAUAAAACCAUACACACUGGGACAAGAUGUUUUCCAAUUACAUCAUCAGAUUAACCUAACGUCAGAAACUCAUGAGAGUAUUCAUGGAUUUGUAUCAGAUAUAGAAAUGAUGGAUGAUGGUAGACUGGUGAUUUGCUUACCUGACCAGAAGAGACUCCUGAUCUGUAAUACAGAUGGAUCACAGGUAGAUAGUAUAGAUCUACAGGGUGGACCAUUGUAUCUUACAGCAGUCAACAACUCUACAGUAGCUGUUACACUGUAUGAUAGUGGGCGUAUAGAGAUGUAUGACAUAAACAAUAAACUCAAACUUAAAUCAAUAUCAGUACCUGGAAUGUGGUGGUGGGGGAGUGGCAUUACAACUAUAAACAACAAGUUAGUUGUACAUGGUGACAACAGCCUAUUGAUCAUAGAUCAUCAGACAGGAGUGGUGAUACAGAAAUUACAGACUAGCUGUUUUCUUGACAGGUUACAUGGUUCUGGUGACAGAAUAUUCUACUGGGUUAACUACCAGUACAUCAACAAGCUGUACUGGUACAGUUACACUGAUGCCAGACAUCAUACCCUAACAUUACCAUCACCACCCAGGAGGAUGACUACACUACAAGAUGGCAGUCUGUAUGUAAAGUGUGAGGAUGGAUCACUACAACAUGUGUCAUCUGAUGGUGAAGAGUAUAAAACUGUUACAACAAAGGGACUUCAAAAAAUUGAUUGUUUGACAUAUAAUCUUAAGCAAAGACAAAUGGUUACAAAGUCUAUGGACAAGACAAUAUUUGAUGUCUUCUGUGAUUAAUUAUACAGUCUAUGUUAUACAAGGAAUUUUAACAUUUCCAUAACAUGUUUUAUUGAAACAAUAUAGUAUUCGGCUUUGAAUGAACAAAACACACAGACCCUUUUAUUCAAGUGUAUGUGAAAAUAAAAUGUUGGCAUGUCAUUUACAAUAACUGAAACCAAUUGAUAUACAUUCAGAAUUUUCUUAUUGUUACGGUCAAGUCCUAUACCUACUCAGAAAUAUGAUAUUCAGAACUACUUAUUUGAGUGUUUUUAUUAAUUCAUAUAAUAAUUAUUAUCUUAAAUGAGCUAACAAGUAAUUAAUGUUGGUUGGUCAUUUGUUUUUAUCUACAAUUUAUCAAUUAACUUUAUAUUGUAAAAUAGGUGAUGUAAGUUGUUUUAUUACUUCAUAUGCUUUAUGUUUGUACUAGACAUUUCAUUUUUUAUGCAUACCAAAGGUUUUAUGUGAAGAAAUGUUCUGCUUUUGUCUUGCCUUGACAGAGUUAAAAAGUGAGACAUAGGUAUGCUGUGUCUGGCGGCGGCGUCAACACUGUAUUAGUUUGUGAUUAGGUCAGUUUAUGGGGAACCACUAGGUGGUAGGUCAAUAAUAUUUGGUAUACAGUUGUAUUAGCAUUGGUACAUCUCAUUUCCAUGGAGAUUAUUUGGCCCCGCCCCCUCAGUCAUAGUCUAUUGACUUCGAAACUUUUGCUUAGUUUACAUGUCUUAGUUUGUGUUUAGGUCAGUUUAUGGGGAACUAUAUGUGGUAGGUCAAUGAUAUUUGGUAUGCAGUUGUAUCAUUGUAUUAGCAUUGGCACAUCUCAUUUCCAUGGAGACUAUUUGGCCCUGCCCCCUCAGUCAUGGUCCAUUGACUUUGAAAACUUUUGCUUAGUAUACAUGUAUUAGUUUGUGAUUAGGUAAGUUUAUGGGGAACCAUUAGUGAUAGGUCAAUAUAUUUGGUAUGUAGUUGUAUUAGUAUUUGGCACAUAUGAGCCAUACCUGUCAACCCUCCCGUUUUGAGCGGGAGUCUCCCUCGCAAACGACGAAAUUCUGGAAAUCUCCCGCGCGGAAGUAUAGAAUCUCCCACUUUCGGAUAUUCUGGAAUAACCCACGUUCGUAAUUCUCUGACUUUUUCAUUACUUUCAAUAUAAAUAAACAAACAAUCGGCGAUCAUUUGAAAACUUUGGUCAGUAGUUUUUAUGUUCGAUGUAUAAAACUCAUUUCUGCUAUGUCAACUCCAACAAGAUAGAAGUCUUUGUCUGGACCAAGUGGCAGUGUAAAAAAACAGAAAAAUAUAACUGCAAAUCAAAAUGUCAAGCAGAUUUGAAUGAAAGAUUUUCAAUUUUUACGACCAAGUUCACAUGGCAAUGAAUCUUUUUGCACAUCAUGUACAAUCAACUUUUCGAUUUCUUCUGGUGGUCUGUUCAAUGUUUGAAAGCAUGCUCAGUGUGAGGCUCACAAUAAAAUCAAAAUAU